GUGCCUUACUCAAUUCAGGUUUCCGUUUUAAAUACAUCCAAAAACUAGUCCGUUUUUUUUGUCCUUCAUCCUCUUCUCUGCCCUCUCUACAGUCACUCCGCAGACUCCAUACUUCCUCUGUUCUUUUUCUCUCUGCUCAACCCUGUUCUCACCACAUUUUCCUUUCUAUCCUCUCACAAUCCCCAUAAUUUUACUCGCCAUAUCACUCCAAUUUCAAAAGCCAUACCCGCAUUACACAAUUGAAGCCGGAUAUUUCCCAUUCUCUAGCUGGAAUCAAGGCCGAAAAGCUCAUAUCGUAAAUAAAUAUAGUUUAUAUAGGAAUGUCGGUUGCUAAUAAGCUUCAAUCGUCUGCUAAACCAGUUCCCGAGCCGCGAGCUAUACUUGGUCCAACCGGGAACAGAGUUAGGGUUUUGGAAGAGUCUAGACGGAAAAGUGAGGUUUUGAAGAAAGCACAACUGAGGCCGAGGAAGCCAGCAGCGAAGGCGGCAGUUUCAGAGAUGCCGCAGGAGGUAGUUAAGAACAAUUUGUCGGUGGACAGUUUGAGCUCUUCGGAUUCGAAUUCUUCUUCUUCUUCCAGCGGGUCCUCAGCGAAGGUUGCUAGUCCGAGAAGGACUGUAAAGCGCAAUGGAUUAAGAGCUGUUAAGGUUGUUCCUGACGGUGUUGAAUUUGGUGGGAUUUCGCCGAAGCAGGACCUGCCUGUCAAGAAGUGUGAUUGGAUUACACCUCAUUCUGAUCCCCUGUAUAUGUCUUUCCAUGAUGAAGAAUGGGGAGUUCCAGUUCAUGAUGAUAGGAAGUUGUUUGAGUUACUUGUAUUUUCACAAGCAUUAGCAGAAAUGAGCUGGCCAGCAAUUCUCCACAUGAGAGACAUUUUCAGGAAACUUUUUGACAACUUUGAUCCAUCAUCCGUUGCACAGUUUACAGAGAAGAAGCUGCUGUCGCUGAAAGUGAACAACAAUCUGUUGCUAUCUGAACCGAAGCUUCGAGCAAUAGUGGAGAAUGCUAAACUGCUGAUUAAGGUUCAGCACGAGUUUGGUUCUUUCAACAACUACUGCUGGCGGUUUGUGAAUCACACCCCAUUGAGAAAUGGAUUCCGUUAUGCACGUCAAGUACCAGUCAAGACACCGAAAGCAGAACUCAUAAGCAAGGAUCUAAUGCAAAGAGGGUUCCGCUGUGUCGGACCUACUGUUGUUUAUUCAUUCAUGCAGGUGGCUGGGAUCGUCAACGAUCAUCUUGUAACGUGUUUCAGAUACCAAGAAUGCAAUGCAAAUGUCAAAAAGAAUUGCAGCCCCAAGAUCGAAGAAACAGAGGUAGUAGUAACUAAAGCAUUGGAGACUACACACUUAUCUCAAUGACAAGAAUGACAUGAAGAACUGAAACUCUCCUUACUAAUCACACUGUUCUGAUAAUAGCAAGAUGAGGACUGAGAAGUAGACGAUGACCCAUUGUUAAUUCCUUUCUUCUGUAUGUUUCAGUAGCAUUACUUUAUUCUUCCCCUUGUGUAUCACUGACCUAAAUUAGAUGUUAUUAUAAUGAAAAUUUAUUGUGAUAAUGCUAUUUGACUGUUAACACGCA